AUGGCUGCCUUCUGUAGGGGCAGACACCGGUGGAAAAGGACUAGCUGUUUGCAUGUUUUGACAAGAAACCUGACAGGAAAGUAUGACUACGACCUGGUGGUUAUUGGUGGUGGAUCCGGAGGCCUUGCAUGUUCCAAAGAAGCGGCACAGCUGGGACAGAGAGUUGCUGUUUUAGAUUAUGUGGAGCCAUCUGUUAAAGGUACCAAGUGGGGUCUUGGUGGGACAUGUGUCAACGUUGGCUGCAUUCCUAAGAAGCUCAUGCACCAGGCUGCUCUGCUCGGCGCUGCCGUCAAAGACUCCAGGAAGUACGGCUGGCAGAUCUCUGAGCCAGUCUGCCAUGACUGGGCCACCAUGGCAGAGGCUGUUCAAAACCACGUCAGGUCUCUGAACUGGGGUCACAGAGUUCAGCUGCAGGACAAGAAGGUGAAGUAUUUGAACAUCAAAGGGAGCCUGGUGGAUGAACAUACUGUGAAAGGACUGACUAAAGCAGGGAAAGAGACGGUCCUGACUGCCAAGAACAUUGUGAUCGCCACAGGGGGAAGACCCAAGUACCCCGCAAAUAUCCCCGGAGCAGUGGAGCACGGCAUCACCAGUGACGACAUCUUCUGGCUGAAAAAGUCACCUGGGAAAACGCUUGUGGUUGGAGCCAGCUAUGUUGCUCUGGAGUGUGCAGGCUUCCUCACAGGCAUUGGCUUGGAUGCCACAGUGAUGGUUCGCAGCAUCGCCCUCCGGGGGUUUGAUCAGCAAAUGGCAGGUCUAGUGACAGACUACAUGGAGGCAUACGGGACCAAGUUUGCAUGGAAGGGUGUCCCAAAGAGAGUGGACAAACUCUCCACAGGAGCCCUGCAGGUGACCUGGACUGACACUCACACGGGCAACGAACACAAGGACACCUUCGACUCUGUGUUAUGGGCAGUUGGCAGAGCCCCUGAAACCAGAACCCUGGGCCUGGACAAGCUUGGUGUGAAACUCAACAAGGAGACGGGGAAAAUAGUUGUGGGCGCUGACGAAUCCACCUCGGUGCCAAACAUCUAUGCUUUCGGCGACAUUGGCGAGGGUCGUCCUGAAUUGACCCCAACAGCCAUUAAAGCAGGAAAGCUUCUUGCCCGCAGACUGGCUGGUCAGAGCACUGAGCUCAUGAACUACGACAAUGUACCCACCACAGUGUUCACCCCCCUCGAGUACGGCUGUGUGGGUCUAUCUGAGGAAGAGGCUGAGAAGAGGCACGGAAAAGACGGCAUAGAGGUCUACCAUGCUUUCUACAAGCCUCUGGAAUUCACUGUCGCAGAGCGCGAUGCCAGCCAGUGUUACUUGAAGGUGGUAUGUGAGCGAGGUGGAGACCAGAAGAUCCUGGGUCUGCACUUCACUGGUCCAAACGCUGGAGAAGUCACACAGGGCUUUGCUUUGGGCUUCCAGUGCGGAGCCACGUAUUCUCACCUGCUGCAGACAGUAGGCAUCCACCCUACCUGUGCUGAGGAGGUGAUCAAGGUCAACAUCACAAAGCGCUCCGGCUUGGACGCCACAGUCACCGGCUGCUGAGGUUAAGCACCUCGGUCUGAACACUAGUGAGCACACAGGAAAGAACUUAGCCUGGGUUUUCUCUGCUCUUUCUCCUUGUCCCUCUCCUCGCUGCACCUCCUCUGCAACAGGCCCUCUUCAUAAGCCAGUCCAGGUCAUCACUGGGUGCCCAGGUUAGUGUCACUGACAGCUCAUGUGACAACCAAGGCUGUGAUUAUGCCAUAUGCAUGGAGGUUGUGAGUGUAUGCUGUGAAAGCACAGGGCCAUAGAUCAGGUUAGUGAGAGCUCUGGCCGCAGUGCGAGCGUCUUUUAAAUAAACAGGCUCAUCAAUCAGGAUUAAGGCCCGCGCUCAGGGUUUUGUUGAAACCGUACGAGAACCGCGGACCGAGCCCGAACGUUUUUCUGAAUAAAUAUUCUGCAAAUAUUGUUGUUUCUCCGGCUGUACUUCCUGUCCAUUAGUCUUGGAGGUGACACAUACCAUACACCCCCACAAACCCUCUCCAUGACACUGAUGGAUAGCCCCCGGGCCGUCGCCGCAGCGACACCGCCCCAUUUCCCAUGGACACACACAAACAGUCGGUGGGCUGCCUGUCAGUCAGCCAGCGAAGACCCGGCCAGGGGGCCCCGGCUUGUUUAGGGCCUACCAGACCCCUUCCCUUUCCUCCCAUGCCCUACUCCGUCCCAAUGCAUGAAAUAAUACAGUGGGACUACAACCGUGCUGUCAAAAGCACAGCUUUGGCACAGGGCAGCCCUGCCCAUUGAUAACAGCACUCUGAGAGCUCUGCUGUAGCCGCACUACUCAGCCUCACCCAAAGGUGGCACUAUUGCCCUCCAAUUCUCCCUUUUUUCUGAGCUAAGAAUGGAAGACAGGAUAAAGUAGUCACUGGAUAAAACAUAAGCCUGAAUACUUUCAGGUUGCACAUUUAAUCCGUUUAAUCCCUAUAAAAGAUAUGUGCUUUUGGAAGAAGUUUGACAGCAGACUGGCUUUAUUGGUGCCAAACUGAUAAGGGUUAUCUGUUGUGUAUUUACAUGGAUGGCAGGUUAGGGCUAAAGAGUCAUCACCCCUGAAGAUAAGGCAAGUUGUUUAUAUCAAUAAAGCAGUAAUAGACCCCCACGGUUUGCCAAAGUGCCCAAAUGUUCAAUCUGCUGGCUGUACUGGACAUCUUGGGCUUAUUAAGCAGAGGUUGAGAGAGGAGGACUGUCAAUAAAGUGGGUUGCUACAGAAAUCGGAGGCUGCUGGUGUAGUUUAUUUUUAUUUGAAGUCUAAUCUGCCCAGUCUGAUUAAUGAUUUCGAUGAGGGGAGUGACAGUGUGCCAGGACAUGGAGAGAGGAGAAAGAGAGAGAGAGGUACCAGGUUUAUUUGGACCUGGGCCAGAGGGGAGAGCGAGAGAGCUGAGUUUCAGCCCUGGUUAGGGAGGGAAGGGGGAUUCCUGUGUGCUCUGUUCAGGGCCGAGGUGCUGACUGAAGGACCCUGACCUCCGCUCAGCGGGAACAGCUUGACUCUAUCACUCGGAGCACAGAGGGCUCACAUGCUGCAGCGCUGCACGGCAGGGGCCUGGGGGGCACGGGGUGGAGGGGCGGCGGUAGGAUGGCCAGGGGACGGACAGAGCCAACCAGCCAGCCAACCGCCACAACACUGAGCGGUAGCGGCGUGUUUGCCCAGGGUAAUUGAGUCUAUGUUCCUGUGCUUAACGAGCCACUUCAGAGACCUCAGGGUGGGCCCGAGGCAACGUGAGGGAAGCUAUCGAGGCCAUCAGUGUAACAGUAAUGUCUGUUUGCUUUUUACACUCUACUCCCUUUCUGCUUUAUUAUUGUAUACACAGUACAGCUGCUCACACGCACAAAAUCAAAUAGUAUUUAAUUUUAUUUUGUCUACCUUGAAUGAUAUCUGUUCAUUGUUGUUGAUCCGUCACUCCAGGCCCAAGUCUUGCCCAGUUCGCCUCAGCUGUGCCCCACAAGGGGUCAGGGUUCAACUUUCAGGUCGACCAGCUAAUGAUAACCUGCGCUAAAACCCAAAACUGGGGAGUGCAGGCCUGAUGUCACCUGGCCGCCAACUUUAGUAGUUGUAAAUAGAGAAGUGUAAUUUUCCAUUAAAGCUUUGUUAUACAUAAUUUAUAUGUAAAGUAGUGACAUAUUGGAAUGCACAGUGUCACCAUUAAAGUAAUGA